AUGUUCCGGCAACUUGCGACUCGCGCCCAGCGGGGGGUGGCUCCCCUGUCCACCGCCUGGGGGAGCGCAUCGGCCGUGCGCGUCGCCGGCGCGCCCCUCGGUUUCAUGCAGCAGCGUGAGCUGUCCAGCCGCGCGACGACCCCGGCGGCGCUCACCGCGCGCCCUGCCCCCACCGGGCCGGGGCUGCUGCUUUCCCGGGCGCAGCUCGCCUCCGGGGCCGGUGCACUGCGCUACUACUCUUCGGCGCCGCCGUCCGGAGACAUUGACCGGUCCGGAUCCUCGGACACGCACAUCUUCGACCGGCCGCUCUUCCGCAUGGGCCUGCUCGGCAACAUGACGCCGCGCAGGGCGGUCAACAUCUCCCUCGCCUCGACCAUCGUGUACCUGAUUGCCAAGGGCUUCUACCGCAUCACCGGGGCCUAUCUCAACUUCACCGUCCUCGACCUGGGCGAGCUCGGGUUCUAUGCCGGCGGCAUUGUCACCACGGCCUUCUUCGUGGGAACGUGGUCGCUGACCCGGCGCUGGUUCGGGCCGGUUAGCUUCGACCCGGCCGUGUCCCAUGUCCUCAGCCAGCUGUCCAAGGACACCACUUUCAAUGAGAAGAUGCAGGAGGCGGCGCUUCUGCUGCAGGAGGCCCGCGACGAGGCGUCCAUCCCCUCCUCGCAUGGUGUGUCCAUUUCCGAGACGGAUCUCGAGCUGCAGAGCCUCUGGACGUCCAACCCGGUGGGCCGCAUGCUGAGCAAGCUCUCCCCGGCCAACAUCGCCCAGUACCUGCCGGUGUUCAAUGCGCCGACCAUGGCCAACCGCAACACCAUCAUCGUCCCCGGCGCCUUCCAGGCACAGCGCAUCACCGGCGGCGGGGCGGUGAUCGGCAACCGCUUUGUCAUCGGCAACCGGCCCUCCACGGUGCUGGAGUCGGGGGUCGGCUGGACCGGGAACUUUGUGCGCAUCGAGCCACGCUCCCUGCAGGUGGUGGUUCCGAUCACCCUCUCCAGCCGGCUGAUUGCCAAGCGGCGCCGGUCGCAGAUGUACCCCGUGGCGGUGCUCUCCUUUGAGGUGGUCAAGUCCCGCCGGGCGCCGAACCUCUUCUCCUUCCGGUCGAUCUGCGUUGACAUUGACCUGACCAAGGAGCGCCUGAUCUACCAGGGCCCGCCGGAAGCGGUGGUCCGUGAUCGACUCAACGGCAAGGAGAUGCCCGGGCCGUUCCUGUAA